CUCGAUUGAGCUCCCGUUCAAUAAACAAACGACUCUUGAAGUAAAUCAACAUGAAUACAAUAAUAGUGUUCGUAAUAAUUACGAGUAUUUGCGUAGUAAAUUCGUCGGUCGUCAAAUCGACGAAAAACGCUGAUGAAACCACGACAUCGGGGAAUCAAGAGAAGUUUGCGGAAGCUAAAAGUAGUAAAAAGCACGAGGUCUAUAAAACGUUUGAUGUGAAUGAAAGUCGUGUUUAUUUGGACGAUGUAUUGUUCGUGUUGAAGAAUCAGAAUUGGACGGCAGAUGAAGAGCCAUGUUUGGAGAGGACGCUCUUGAUGCUGCGCAAUUUGCAGAACUUCACGUUAUGGGCUGUUUGGGCUUGGGACUCCAUAUCAUCAGAGCCAGAGGGUAUUCUCUACGGGAACAGGUUCCAACUGGGUAACUUCGAUGAGUGCAUGCGAGCUCCGUGGUACAGACAGCAUCCAGAGCUGCGCUCCCAGUACUGUUUGGCAGAUAUAGUGCUAGAGAGAACUGAUCGGGCUGUGAAGAAAGCCACUGAUCCUUUCGACCCUUAUGAGUCGGCGCUGAAUGUGCUAGAGUACCAAUCGCCGAUAAAGAGGCCACUAAACCGGCUGACAUGGGGUGUGUGCGUGCCAGCGGUGUGCGCGCCGCGCUCUGUGGAGCGGCUGGCGGGGGUCAUGCUGGCGCGAAGCCAUCUUGGUGCCGUGGGUCUGCGCGCCAGAAUCGCCGUCAGUGACUCCUGCCAGCGCGCCGACGAGCCUCUGCGCUACGACGAGCUCUUCUAUGCGUUCAUCUCUGUGGCAGCUUGUUCAGUGGUCAUCACAUUGAUAUGUACAUUUCUGACCUACAAGUGGAAGCGAUCAGCUGAAAACAAUUUCAAACACCAAAUAAUAAAAGCGUUUGACUUAAAAACUAACGCGAACAAGUUACUGAACAGAACAGACCAAGGCACGGACGUCAUGUACGGCAUCAAGUUUCUGUCCAUGUGUAUCGUGGUGUCUGGUCACCAGUACGGGAUCACCAAUGGUGGACCCGUCAGCAAUGGGGUCAAAGUUGAUGAGGACGCACUGUCAGUGGCCGGACUGUUUAUUCUCCACGAAGACAUAGUGGUGGACACGUUCUUCCUGCUGUCCGGAUUCCUCACGGCGGCCGCUCUUGGCAAGUUAGCGAGGAUGCCCAAUAUCUUCGUGCUCUUCUUCAAGCGCUAUAUGAGACUGAUCGUGACGUACGCGGUGGUGAUAUUCUACAUCUGCGCGGUGUUUCCCCACACUGGCUCCGGCCCGCUGUGGAACAGGGCCAUCGCUGAGGACACGAAGCCGUGCCGCGAGAACUGGUGGCUCAACCUGCUCAUGGUCAGCAAUUACAUCAACAGCCAGAAUAUGUGCCUAGUCAUAAGCUGGUACAUCCCCUGCGACUACCAUUUCUUCGUGGUCACAGUAUUGCUGUAUUGGCUGUACCGGCGCCACCCACGCGUGGGCCGCGCUGCUGCUGUGGCGGUGCUAUUGGCAGCAUUGGCUACCCCGGGCGUGAUCAACUACCUCAACUCCCUACCCGCUAUACAGAUGUUUACUUACGAUUUCGUGUCAAAUCCUCGCGGACCGAUACAGUUCCACCUGACGUACAUAAAGAGUCACACGCGGUACGCCGCCUACCUCAUCGGCUUCCUCAGCGGAUACAUAUUUAGCCGGAUAACUGCCUCUGGAAAUCUGAAGAGGAUUUCAAAAAAGUGGUCGAUUCUCGGAGCUACCUUGAGCCUCCUGAUGAUGACUAUGAUGACUUUCUCCGGCCCGACAUUCCUGUGGCGUAGUUACAACGCGUUGGAGAGCGCGGUGUACGCGGCGCUCAACCGGCCCGUGUGGGCGGGUAGUGUCGCGCUGCUCGUCAUGUGCUGCUCUUUGGGACAUGUGCCUCUGAUCACCGGUUUCCUGAGCUGGUCUCCGUGGGUGCCGCUGAGCCGCCUCACGUACGGACUGUACCUGUUCCACACCACGCUCAUAGCGCGCAACGUUUACGUCACUCGUAAUCCGCAUCACAAUGACAUCUUUGAUAACUUGACGUCCUGCAUUGGAGUCAUAUGCGAGGGUACAAUGGCCGCCCUGCUCAUCACACUGUUUAUUGAAGCGCCUGUCUUAAACGUGCUCAACCUUUGCCUUAGUCCGAGGAGUAGUGGAAGGGAAGAAAAAAGAGCAGACGUAGAAAGUAAUCAUACAAAUAAGGUUACUGACAAGAGAACUUCAGAAAGUGGUUACUUAGAAGAAAAUUUACCGUCGACUGUUUACGUUAUAUCUUCGAAAAUGUAAUAGAUAUUAUUAAGAUUUAUUAUUUAGGUUAUAAAAAAAUAUAGUAAGUUAGGUUAAACACGGAAAUAAAAGUAC